CUCUUUCUAAUUUAAUUAUUAAUCAUAAAGAACCCCUAUGUGACACUCACAAAAUUCUCAUAGUUUCUUAAAUUUGUUGUGUUUACUUUAUUUGUUGUUAACAAAUCGCUUAACUAGGGACAUGGGUAAGAAGUUAGGAGAGGAAUUGGAGCUGCCAGUAGCCAGUUGGCAUCGUGGUCUAUCCCUCAUUCAAAUGCAGGCGGCUGAUCAGUUGGCAAAUACCUUGACAUACGAUAUCAGAGGCACACGGGAUUGUCUUUUGCGCCUGGGAGUGCGUCCGCUGGUCAGGAAUCAGCAACUCCUCAGGAUUGUGCAGCUAAGUCGUGGUCAGAAGCUGGCCUUUCUAUACUUCCUGUACCAGGAACACUACAAAUCUAGCGGUCCAUGUGGAAAAUACACGAUUAAUGGACAACUUCUGCUUUCGGCCAUCGCCUAUCUGGAUCUGCCGGCCACUUUUCGAGCGCUGGACAAAGUUCUACCACUAAGCUGGAAUCGUGUCAGAUUAUUAAAUGCUACACCUGGCCCACAAAAGAAGAAGUCUCGACAGCCCUCCUUCGUAACUCCAAAUCCAACCAUGUAUGAAUCGUAUAAGCAAAACGAGAUGGAAGACGAGAUGCCUCUGGACUUACGGGCCACUUUUCGAGCACUCGACAAAGUGCUUUCCUCACAAAUGGCACAAACAAAGACUCGUCGUUCGACGGGUGAAUCUCGCAAAAAAGCAAAGCCCUACUUUCAGAAGCAGCCCCGUCCAAAAUCAUCCCGCCCAUCCACCUAUUAUUCAGCGAAUUUCCCGCUGUUUAAGGUGCAGAUACCCAACGAGGAGGGGGAUCCAAAAGACGAUGACGACCGAUGGUUCGCCGACUUUGAGCUCCAUCCGAUCCAGCGCACAGUGAAGGCGGUAAUCAACCACGAGCUCUGUCACCUGUUCGAUCAAGUAGACGAGGCACCCAGCGAUCCUGAGGCACAGGAUCAGGAACCAAGGAAUCUGUGCCAGUUCCAUGAGGAAACCCGAUCUCAGGAGCGAAAGGCUUUCCUCCUCGAACAGCAACAAAGAUACCUGGAUAUGAUCGACAUGGAAAAGAGAGAAAAGCGGUUAACAAGGGAGCGGAUUGUGUAUCACCUGAACCGGGACGUGGAUGAGUACCUUCUUAAGUUCGGCGACAAGGGCUGGAGUCCCGGAGUGCCUGCCAUGCGGAAACCCGGCUGUGCCGCCUGCAGUGAACUGGUCCACGUGAGCCUGGAGACUCCUCCCCAGGUGCUGCUCCUCGAAGGUGAAUGGGGACGACUGUACGACAGGAGUGGGCCCAAGAUGCGGUUAUGUGGGGGUGAGGAUGGGAACCGAAAGUCCCCGAAAGAAAGGACUACUGGUUACUUUACGGCCACCAGGAGUCACAGCCCCUAUGCCUUUAACUAUCCACGGAUAUUCGAACCUUUGGACGGCAAAGAGCCUAUUGGGAGUUCCGUGAUCAAAGCCCUCGACGAAGAUGAGGAAUGGCCUGUGCCCAGGACAAUUAGGAGGGGCCACAUCGACGAAGCUAUCUCACGGUGUGUGCGGAAAAUCUUUGAGAAGAGUUUGCUGGCAGUGCCAUGUGUGGCCACGCCCAAAAGGUCCCAGGAACGCCUCGUCUAUGACCGCAAACGGGUCGAUCCGGAUGACGAGGAGUUCAUGGACCAGAUGCUGAGCGAUGCCUUCCUGGUUCUCCAACGUGAUCGCAGUCUUGUGCUGGCCAGCCUGCCCGAUGCUCACCAAUUGCCGGAGCUGCGGGAGUGGAUACGGCGGCGAUAUGGCAAGCGAUAUGGUCCACAAACCGAUGCGGAGGCAGAAAGGGCUAAGCAAAAGACAUUGAAACUGGCCGGGAUGGAGAGGAAAUUGGUUCCGCUGUUGGCUAACAUAGAUCCCCGGACGGUGCAGACAAGGCCCGUGCCCUAUACCCUCUAUGAGGACAUCAUGGCCGUGGCUAAUCAGUUCAAGAAAUCGUUCCGGGAGAACGUCCUGCAGAUCAUCCUCAAGCAAACGCGACUCUGCUGGCAGGCGCAGCACCAUCUGCGGGUCAACAAUAGUUCCGGACUCCUUCGCACCUUCUUCACAUAUCUACCGAGCUGCUCCAGCGACAGAGAUCCCACCUUGAGUCUCUACUUGGCACAGAAAUAGUUGGCUCCAAAUAGUUAAACUUCCUAUUUUACAUGCUUUUUUUAAUACCCCAUAUUAUUUCAUAUAUAUCUUAUCAAAUAGAAUGAACAUCUUUGAACCUAGAUGGUUUCAUUCUGUUUGGAAAAGAUAAAUGUGAUUAUAGGUGAUAUUCAUUCAAAAUAUCAGCUCUAAAAUAGGAUAUCAAUCGGCUCACUUAUUUUUAUUCGAAAUUAAUUUGUUUUAAAUUUUCUUUAUUAUUUUUAACCAUUUGACAAGGGAGCUGAAUCGCUUUCAAAUUUCAGUGUAACUGAAUUAGCUAAACAUUUUUAUUAAAUGUCAACACACAUUCCUCUUUAUGUAUAUAGGGAGCUAACAACAAAUUAAUGUUUAUAAUGGCAGUCAAAAAUUCAAAUUA